AUGCCGAAAGCUAAAUCUGCAUGCCCAGCUACAGCAAAGGCAACAAAACUUCGGAAGAAGCUGAUUCCUUAUGCUCAGCCGGAGUCAGGCCCAAGUACAGCUAGCGCAUACAUCCAGGCUCACCUUCGGUCGGCCUCUACCAUUCGUAAUUACAACUCCGCAAUUAAUGGAGCUCGAACCUGGCUCAAACUUAAGUGCAUUAAGUACACAAGCCUGACUGAGGACCGAGUUGAUGAGUCGGAGCUGGGUCUGUUCCGACACAAGGAUGCGUGCAUAGCCUUUGAGAAACCUGUUGAGGUCACAGCACAUCUGCUAGCAAAAUAUAUUAUGUUCCGGGUUGCAGAAGAAGACAGGUCGGUCUCCGUUGUGGACACCUUGCGCUCUGCCUUCAAGUGGCACUUCCGUAACCUGUCAGUGUUCGCUUCCGUGAGCAGUUUUUCUGGAAUCCCACAUCUGUCGCUUGUUAUAGAGGAUUUGAAGGCCCUUGGUAUCCAUGACCCGACCCUCAGGAUGAAGAACCACCGCGCAUCUGAGGGCACAGUCCGGAAUCAUGCAAGGGCCAUAUGGAUCAACGACAUAAAGGCAAUGCAGAGCAUCACAGCUGCUUACUGCUCUCCGAGCCUUAUCGUGGAUGCGCUGAAUCCAGAAAUCCCCGAUGAUUUCUUUACUCUCAAACAGCGUGAUGACAUCCGUUCACACCUCAUGCUUUGUGCCCUAACCUCAUUGGGCUGGACGCUAAAUGAAGAACUCACGUCCAUCCUCAUCCGGCACCUUGACUGGGACAUGAGGAGACUGCUCACAAUCUUCGACACCUCCACGUCACUUUGGUCAACCGAAAGGGUUGGCAGAAACGGAAUCAGGAUGGCGAGCAAGGUAGCCAAGUACAACAUCUAUCCACUCUAUGGCCAUGAUACGUUUUCCCAUCACCAUGAUCCUCACACGAUCCCGCAGCUGGACACGCUCACUAUCCCCUCUUCCCCUCAUGCUCGCCCCGUUCUCACGAUAUCCGCUGGGAUACCACUCUUUCCACCACUGCCGUCAACGAUCUCUUGGCGUCCUAUGGAAAGCAAGCGCAUCUGGAGACUGACCGGCUCACAUCCCACUGCUUCAGACAUGGUGGACUCCAAUACUGGUUCAUUCUCGCACCAGUCUUCAGACAGUGGCCGCUUAAUCACUGCCAGUGGUGGGGGGGUUGGGCUCCAGGAGAAAGUGCGUCAACCCUCCUCAAGUACGCUACUGACAUGCUGGCAGAUGUUGAGCAUAACUACAGUGAUGCCCUUGCACCAGUCCACAUUGACUACUCCGAAUCUCAGAACGGGCGGGUCGCGCCUCAAUCCCAUGACCGCGGAGGAGACCCGUUCUCAAUUCAGUCACCUUGGCACGCGCAUAGGCUAUGUCGAGUCUCAGCUCCGAAGGCUUGAUCAGAUCGAAGCUGGAUUCAAUACCAUUCAAGCAUCUCUAGAUGAACUCAAGUACUAUGCAAUAGGGAUGCUCGUCCCUCACUAUCACCCACUCACCACCCGGCACCGCUCUCCAGUAACAGUAACGCCAGUGCCCCGAACGUUCCCAUUCCCACCUCCUCACAUCAUACCUCCUCAUCCAGCCCCGCGUCCACUUAACCCACACCCUCCCAGUCUCAGGCAACCUCAGGAACGUCGUGACGACAGUCGGCCAGCUCCAGGGGCUGGCCACAUCACCAUCCCACACGUCUCCACACUCGAAGAUGCGAUAAAGCAGUGGCUAUGUGGGGAUGGAAAUGAGCUUAAAGUCCCUCUGAAGAAGUGGGAGAAGGGAUGGUAUACUGGCCGAUACUCGGGCGUGCACGGGACGAAAUACAACAACCGCCGACAGGUUGGCCAGAAAUACGACGAGAUGGGCGAAGCGAAGUUCCUCAGGCACUACGGACUCAAGAUGACCGACAAUUUCGGUAUGGCCCUCAAGGCGAUCACGGAGGAAGGGAAGAGGGACGGGUUCAUUCAGAGUCGUAACGGCAAAAAAUCACACCGAGCAUGA